CUCCAACUAUGCGUAAUCAUCCCGAGGAUAACUCACCGAGGCUAUAGCCAAGCACGCUAACUAUAACCUACCCCGCCACGUCAGAUCUCAUCCAUGCCAUCAAUCGCGUAAGCACCACCAGCCCAACCUCCGUCAGCUCAAAUAUCAGCGAUCGAUACUGUUUUAAACUCACAUGCAGCUCCACAAACCUAUCGUCAUUGCCAAUCUCUGUCACCACCCAACAUGAGCGCCCAGCCCAGGCCUCUCUCCUACAUGGAGAAGCUCUCCAACGAAAUCUUCGUUUACCGCCCCUCCGAACUUACCGCGCCGGACUCUCCGAAGAUCAUCAUCAUCGCCAGUUGGACCAACGCGCUUGACAGCCAUAUCGCCAAAUAUGUCGAUAAGCAUAAGGAGUUAUACCCGACUUCGCAACUUGUUCUUGUGAAGAGCUAUAACAAGAACUUUUUCGACCCCAAAGUUUUGGCGGAGUCGGUGAAGCCAGUGGUGCCAGUUAUUAGAGCCUCGGUCCCAGAAGCCCCUUCAUCAACGGCUGAGCCAGGAAUCAUGAUCCAUCUCUUUUCGAAUGGUGGUUCGUCGAAUAUGUCAGCCUUGUAUGAUGUAUACGCUGCUACUGCCCAAGAAGGCGAAGAUCCGUGGCUUCCGCCUCACGUAACAGUGUUUGACUCAGCACCGGGUGCUCAGCGCCUCACCAACACAGCUGCGUUCUUCAAAUCUACUGUCCCAAAGUCUUAUCGCUGGGCUUUCAUGCCGCUUGUAUACUUCGUUGCCGCAGCCUGGCAAUUCACUAAAGUUCUUGGUCUUACUAAAGACUGGCUGGCCUUCUGGGGUUCGACUCAUAAUACGGCCCAGGGAAAAAGGGAGCGUGAGAUUCGUCGGACAUACAUCUAUAGUGAGACAGAUGAGUUGAUUGAUUAUAAAGAUCUGGAAGCACAGGCUGCUGAGGCGGAGAAGCUGGGGUUCGAUGUUCAUUUGGAGAAAUUUGAUGGAUCUCUUCAUGUUGCACACGCGAGAAAGGAUGAGGCCAGAUACUGGAGUGCUGUACAGAAGACUUGGAGUGGAUUUUGAGUAUUCGGCAGUAUGCGGACUCAAAAGUGGUAGACCUUUAAUCGGUGAUACAAUCAAGAGUAGUGAACACCUGAUAAAGAGUAUACUGAAAGAUGAGGCAGAAGCGAAGUUCAAUUUCACCAAUUGGCCAAGAUUACACCUAGGUAGUUCCAUAGAUCUAUAAUGUAUACCAUUUGUUUUUCCUUGUUGUCAGAAA